AUGACAAGCACCGACAGGGCUGCGACCACACUCACAACUCUCCCGGAAGAGUUGUGCCUGGAUAUCGUCGAGCACCUGGACAUGGCGUCUGUGUUUGCCCUUGUCCAAACCAACCGCUUCUUUCACAGACUGGCAGAACCCCACAAUUUGACACAACCGUGGCUUCUAGACGACUUUCUGUGCGAGCAGCAAUGGGCUGAUAGGUGGUUUCGGGAUGGAUACGCUUGCUUCACUUGCAAGAAAGUCCUGGACGUAUCACACUUUGACUUCUGCCAGACGGACGGCGAUCGAGACAAAGAAGAAGGCAUGGACGAGGAGCUGCGAUUCUGCCUACCGUGCGGCGUUGGGCAAGGCGAAUAUCCACCUGGAAGGGAGAUCUACCUAGGCCGUCGCGUGCGCUGGUUCUGUGCAGGAUGCAAGAAACUCCGAGAGGGCAAGUACUGCACAACAUGCAGGCUUUGCGAGACCUGUGUCCUGAAGCGUGGGGAGCAUGGUUGCGAGGAGUGUGAUAGAAAACCUCACGAGCGCAUUGUCGUCGGAAGCAUGGCUGCGAGGAGUGUGAAGGGAAACCUCACGAUCCGCUUCACCGCUGGACGAUCGAUGAUUGCCAAGGAGAAAAGGGGCAUACAGUUGUUCAAACGCGGCAUCCGCUGGAAGAAUAUUCGGACCUAG